CCUAGUUAAUGGAAAAAUAAAACCUCAAGUCUUCACCCAAAGCCUUUGUAAAUUCUUUAUUGCAAUCGCUUUACAUAAUAUAUAUUUGGACUCUGUCGUAUGUGGCUGCAAGCUACACUGCAUUGCUUUUUCUGGUGCCUUAGUUAAAUCCCUGUUAUUCUUCUUCCAUCACCAACCACAAACCUAGUAUCCAAACCUACACGCUCCUCCACGCUGUAAUGGCAGAGAAUGUAGUUACCUUUGUUUUAGAUCACUUAGCCCAGCUUGCCGCACGCGAAGCUAACUUGCUGUAUGGCGUGGAGGACAGAGUCCAGUCCCUCCAGUACGAACUUCAAAUGAUCAAAGAGCUUCUCAAUACCACCAAGAGAAAGAAGGGAAUGGAACAUACUGUUUUGAACCAAAUCAGAGAUGUGGCCCACUUAGCUGAGGAUGUCAUCGACACUUUCGUAGCAAAAGUUGCCAUUUACAAGAGAAGAACCAUUCUGGGGAGGAUGCUCCGUGGCUUUGGCCAAGCAAGGUUGCUCCACGACGUAGCCCAAAAAAUAGACAAGCUCAAAACCACUCUCAACGAGAUACGCGACAACAAGGAAAAAUAUGAUGCUUUCAGAGAAACCACUAAUCAAUCUGCAGCAGAAGAGGAGGAGGAGAAGGACAGGUUGCAAUCGCUGCUCAAGCUAAGAAGAGACGUGGAGGAAGAACAUGUGGUUGGCUUUGUCCAGGACUCCGAGGAUGUCGUUAAGCGACUCCAGGAAGGUGGUUCGAAUCGUAAAGUUGUCUCUAUUGUUGGCAUGGGGGGAUUGGGAAAGACCACUCUUGCCCGAAAGGUCUAUAAUAGCGACCAGGUGAAGAACCACUUUGAUUGUCACGCGUGGGUUUAUGUCUCAAACUUGUGCAGAGUUAAGGAGCUUUUGCUUGGCCUUCUUAAGCAUCUGAUGCCAAAGUCUGAACAACAACGCAGAGGCAACAAGAAGGGUAAGAAAAGCGUCGAAGUCAUUAUCAGCCUGAGUGAGGAAGAGCUGAAGAAACAGGUGCGGAACUGCUUGGAGAGGAAAAUGUAUCUUGUGGUGAUAGAUGACUUGUGGAAAACGCAGGAUUGGGACGAGGUGCAAGAUGCUUUUCCAAACAACAACAGAGGCAGCAGAAUAUUGAUAACUAGUCGUUUGAAAGACGUGGCCUUGCAUGCUGGUGAUGAUGUUCCUCACUAUCUUCAAUUCCUGAGUGAAGAAGAAAGUUGGGAGUUGUUUUGCAGGAAAGUGUUUAAAGGUGAAAACUGCCCUUCUGAUUUGGAGACCCUGGGAAAGCAGAUGGUUCAAAGUUGUCGUGGUUUACCGCUCUCCAUCAUUGUUUUAGCAGGGAUGCUAGCGAAGAAGGAAAAGUCAGAUAGAGAAUGGUCUAAAGUGGUAGGUCAUGUUAAUUGGUAUCUGACUCGAGACGAGACCCAAGUGAAGGAUAUAGUUCUGAAGCUCAGCUACGACAACUUGCCAAGGAGACUAAAAUCAUGUUUUCUCUAUCUUGGGUUAUUUCCUGAAGAUUUUGAAAUACCUGUUAUGCCAUUAUUGCAAAAAUGGGUUGCGGAGGGUUUUAUACAAGAUACAGGAAAUAGAGACCCAGAUGAUGUUGCGGAAGACUACUUGUACGAGCUCAUUGAUCGUAGUUUGGUCCAAGUAGCAAGAAUGAAGUCUAAUGGAGGUUUGGCAAGGUGUCAAAUUCAUGAUCUUCUUCGAGAUCUUUGCAUAUCAGAAAGCAAAGAAGACAAAGUGUUUGAAAUUUUUACAGACAACAACAUUCUAAUCCCUAUCAAACCUCGCAGACUGUCCAUUCAGAGUGACAUGGGUCACUACAUUUCUUCAAGCAACAAUGACCAUUCAUGUAUUCGUUCCCUGUUUUUCUUUGGAUCGGAGUAUAAUGUUGGUGGGAGAGAGUGGAAAUGGCUUUUGGACGACUUCAAAUUGGUUCGAGUGUUAGAUUUUGGACCUAACAGGUGCAAAAAUAUCCCUUACAAUUUAGGGAACUUCAACCACUUAAGGUACUUGAAAAUAAACUCACGGAAUGUUAACUUUGUUCCAGAUUCAAUACUUAACCUUUGGAAUCUACAAACCAUAGAGUUGGGUACUUAUAGGUUUGAGAGUCCAAUUUCUUUCCCUGCUCAAAUAUGGAAACUCAAGCAUUUAAGGCAUUUGAAUACAUCAAGGCCUAUCAAGUUGCGAGGAAGAUGUUCAGAAUCAGAUGAGAAGAUGUGGAAUCUUCAAACCAUCUCUCUCCUUAUACCCAAUACGCAAACAACAUUUCUAAUAAAGAAAGGAACAUUUCUCAAUGUUAAGAGGAUGAGGUUGUACGCGAACAUCUUUGGUUUUGAAGGUGAGUUACCCAAUUUAUUGCAGAACCUACAACAAUUAAAGCAUUUGAAUAUAUUGAUGAUUGAUAAUGUUUUCAACCUCCUAACCUCUGAGGUCAUAUUUCCCCCAAGCAUUACAGAGUUAUCAUUGUCAAAGAUUAGGUGCAUUACUAAUGAGGGGAUGAAUGGUUUGAGAAAUCACUCUAAAAUCAAAAUUUUGAAGCUUUUGGGUGAUGAUUGCCAUGUGAGUUCCAUUGACCUCAACUGUGUGGUUGUUGGCUUCCCACAGCUGGAAGUGUUGGAAAUGAAAUAUUUGUCACUUGGAAAGUGCAAAUUAGGCAAUGGUGCCAUGCAGAGACUUCAAAAUGUGAUUAUCCACGAUUGUCAACAAUUAGAUAAUCUCCUAAUUGAUUUUUGUUCUUUGAAUGUAUUGAGAAAAGUGCAAAUUUCAAAAACUCCCUUAGAACAAAUAGCUCACAUCUUACAAAUUUUAGAAACAAGAGUUCAAGUCGUUAGAGGUAAUCAUCCACCUUGGGAUGAGAGUGAUUGGAUUUUAAAUAUUUAUUAGAGGUUUUAGAUUUAUUAUAGCAAAUAGUUGGCUAUUUAUUUUAUGGAUGUAUUUU